AUGGAGAGGAGAUUCGAUAUUAUUGAAGCCAUCAAUCGUAGGUCUUGGGGAUUUCCUGCACCCUUUUCUGUUAUAAAUACUUGUGCGCAAGCACCCACCCUCGCCUACUUGGUGACCAUCGCCGCAGCCUGGCAGGCUCCCGCAUAUAGCGGCUACACUCGUGUCUGGUUCGACCCUUUCAGAGGAAACUGGGGUGUAUCAGUCAACACAAACACAUGGAACGUCAUCAAGAGAGACAAGAACUACAACAACGAGAUUCAAAAAUACACCGGAGAUCAGCGCAACCUCCGCCUCAGCGGUCGAAGCACCGUCCAGCUGGUCCCUCAGUACUCAGCAAGCACCAAGUGGACCUCGGCUCGUAUCGAGAGCAAAUACACCUUGACUCCCGCAGUCGGCAAGAUCACUCGAGUUGAAGCUAGCAUCAAGUUUGGCACCAACGCAGCGUCGCGCAAGCAAGGUAUCUGGCCUGCCUUCUGGCUGCUCGGUGAUUCCAACCGACGCGGCGUCACAUGGCCCGCUUGCGGAGAGAUUGACAUUAUGGAGAAUAUCAACGGCCAAAGUAUUGGAUACGCUUCACUUCACUGCGACAAGUCCCCUGGUGGCAUCUGCAACGAGCCCACUGGCCUUGCUGCUCAGACUUCUCUGCCUGACACCAACUACCAUGUCUGGCGCGUGCAGAUUGACCGCCGAAACAGCAACUGGAAGUCUCAGUCUAUCACAUGGUACAUGGACGGCAAAGUAUUCCACAAGGUGACUGGCGCCAAGAUUAACGACGCCAAAACGUGGAAGGCUCUCGCCUACAGCCCGUUGUAUGUCAUCUUGAACGUUGCCGUUGGGGGUGACUGGCCCGGCAACCCCAAUAAGAGUACAUAUGGAGAUAGGGGUAGUAUGAUGGAAGUAGGAUAUGUCGCUCACUAUGUAUCCACAUAG